ACUAUAGAUGCUUAGGUGUUUAUGCAAAUGUUUUGGCCUAAAACGUGUCUAUUAUCUCUUGAAUCAGGGGAGAGAGAGAACAGAUGGAUGCUGACACUGAAGCCUCCUUCCUCCAACAGUUGCACUGCAUGUGGAGGCUUAUUCACAUUGUUUAUAGGUAAGGCUCAGUAGCCCAAAUUAAGCAGCCUGGAUGCAACUGGACUGUGUAACUGCAUGACUAAGAGGAUUAGACCAGAUUUACCUCCCCAGCAGUCGUCAGCAGCACUGUUCACACAGACUUGGUGCAUAGCAACAGGUCAGUGAGCCCUGUGUGCCACAUUAGCAUUCACCAUGGACUAGGACACAGACCCAUUGAGAAGAAAUGGGAGUUUUCCUUAUGAGCCCACAUGGGAUUCUUUCCUCCCAUCCUACAGUUUAGCCUCUGGCAAAGUCAGAAUACCACCAUGUGAAGUGAACAUGCUUCAACAUGACGACAUAUAUCCUGUGGACUGCGUUUACAUGGACGUUUAAAGGGAUACUGUGCACCUGCAGGUUCCUCUGGAUAUGCCCAUACAAUGCAAUUAAAUUCUUGCCAAGGGAACGGCACAUAACAGAGGACACAAGCCGGCAACUGAAACUAAUUGUGGGCUCUGAGAGUAAAGUGGUGGCAGCCAUACCAGGCAGCCCCGACCGCACCGGCUCCCUUCAUCACAGAUUAACCAAAACAGAGAAAGAUAUUCUGUCACUCAAGACCAGGGUGGCCUGUGAGAAAGCAUCAUGGGAGAGGAGGUUUACAGAGCUGCAGAGAAAACACGAAGAGCUGCAUAAUCAGCUGGUGUCUCAUGCCAGAGUGUUGGUGAGAGUGGGCAGUGAUGGGGAGCAGGGAGAGUCUGGGGGGGACAAUGGAGAAACUUUUGAGGAGUGUUCAAGUAAACAAACAAACACACACACACACACACACACAUUCUUGUACUUCUAUCUUUGUGAGGACCCUCAUUGGAACAGUGAAUUCCCUUGCAAGGUUAUAAUAGUUUUGAAUUAUUCAUCAGUUUUAGUUUUAAUUUCGUUGUGAUUUUUUUGUUUUCAAAUUCAGUUAGUUUUAAUGAGUUUUCGAGUGAGUUUGUUAGUUUUAGUUUAGUAUUUA